AUCAAAAGAAGACAGCUACGUGUAACAACAGCAUGCGGAAGUGUGAGUGUUUUGCGAAGACUGUUUUGUUAUUAAAACUUGAAUGUCACGUAGAACACUCAAAUAGAAGACUUCGAGGGUUAAUUCCCUUCCGUGAGUGAAGAAAGAGAGAGGAACAAGCCAGAUCGGAACUUCCAAAUUUUGUCUAUGUAAAACUCCGAAGGAAUCACAGCAUCAUGAACUUCUCAUGGACUAUUGAGAUUUUUGCUCUUGUUGAGUUUCUUUGUCUUGCAAACUUUAUGUUGUGUCAUGAGCAUUCUUCAACUCAUCCAGAGUCUCAUUCAUGCGGCAAUCAGUACAGCGAAGCCUGUAAUGUGGACAAGGUAUAUCUCACAGAUAAAGAGAUGUUUCAACGUGGGCAUAUGAAGCCAUUUGGAUCACAUCGCCCUCCUGAUUACAUUGUGGAAGAGCUUCAAUAUAUGAUCUCUCCACAGGACUUCUAUAUGAAUUAUGUUGUGAAACACAAGCCAGUUGUUUUUAAAGGUGCAGUAAAAUACUGGCCGGCAUACACAAAGUGGACUGAUGAAUACCUGAAUGCAACUUAUGGCAGAGAAAGGUUUCGCAUGGAGACUAAAGAUGAUGACAAAUGGAACAUCCCAGCUGACAUGAGACUGGACGAAUUUCUCAGUCAGUACAAUCACUCAAAUCGUUAUCUGGUAGAUGAAGUUUUACCAGACAUGCGGAAAGACGUUGUCCUCCCUUUAUGUUUACGCUGUGAAGAAAUGAGCUCCUUCUUUUUUGUUUCAUACUUCUGGAUGAGUACAGGGGGGACAUCAUCGUCCAUUCACAUUGACACAGACGAAAACCUCCUGUGUGUCAUUCAUGGGCACAAAGCUGUUCUUAUGGUAUCGCCGGUGUAUUCAAAAUAUCUUUAUUCUGAUGAAGCACGAGUGUUGGGUGUCUCAGAUAUCAACCCUCAAGCUGUCAACCUGAAGAAAUAUCCUAAUGUUAUGAAAGUCAGAUAUCACUCUGCAAUGGUGGAAGAAGGCGAUAUUGUUUAUAUUCCACAGAUGUGGUGGCAUCAAGUUGUAUCAAGACCUGAACGUCAACAGGCAGUGGCCAUGUGGUGGAAAUCUAAGCCAGUUUUCAAAAAGUUUGGGCGAGUUGCAUCUCCUCAACAGCUUAAAGAUCUUAACAAUGGAAAGUAUUCAUUUGGGAACAUUCUAGCUCAGUAUGAGUUAUGGGUGCAGAAUGUGAGUGAUACAACUCCCAGGAUUGAGUGCAAGGCGCAGCAGAUGUUCAUGAGUGAUUAUCAGUUUGAAACAGACAAAAUAGCAAAUGCACCCAGAACACAAGGUGACGGAGGAUACUUAGAGGAGGAAUUGGGAAUGAAACCCAGAGACCUGAGAGAGCCAGGAAACGAAGACUUGAUACCAUGUGACUUUGACUACACAAAUAAGAAAAGCCCGUGUCAUUUCAGUGAGUGCUGGGAAGAUGACAACACCAACAAGUGUAUCCGAUACAUCUUGGACUACUGCCUUAAUUAUGACGACCGAGGAUGUGUCGACCAGUUGCCACAACUGAUGAACAAGCUUGGUUCAGCCCAGUACAAGGAAAUCCAACAAAUGCCAUCGGAUUUUUGAAUAGCAUUCAUGUAACAUGUUCAAAUAAAUUGCAUUUAGUUCAUUCUUUUGAUACAUGACAUAAUAAAUUUAUUAUCAUCUAUAUAUUGCAUCCUUCUUCUUCAUGCCCUCUGGACAUCCUCCUACAUCGGGAGACAGCAUUAAGCAAUGACGAGUGACGUCAUCGCUUAAAAAUGGGAAACAGAAUAUUCCCCUCUCAUUACAAAAUAAUUAUAGUAACACUUAAACUUCAGCUGGUUUGGGCUGUGUACAACAUCCAAAAGAGAUGAUACCUCUGUUCCAAGGGUGUUAAAGCAACCAAACCCAAAUCACCAGGCCCCAGUUGUUUGGAUAAUGCUAUCUAGUGGAAAAAUGUUAACAAAACAAACCACUCUAGUGAUUUAUCCAGUGCAUAGCGUUAUCCCCUUUCGAACAACCUGGGCCAUGUCUCUUAUUAGUGGAUAGUUCAAUCAUCUGAGACAUCAGUGGGAAGAAACAUCGUGUGAUGACCGAUCAUGUAUUGGCUGCAAAGGAGACAGUGUCUAGACCACAAUGUAAAGUUCUCUUGCAAGAAAGUGAAUUUUGAUGGGUAUAAUCAAUACUGUGAAAAAAAACCUUGACAAUUUCUGUUGGCUGAAAUAACAGAAACCUGGCAGACUAUGUUUUUUUCCUCACUACUUGGACAAGAUCACUCAAUUUUCAUUACUGCAGCACGAGCGUUCAGUCAAGCACAAUCUGUUUCACGAACACCUUACUCUUGAUGAAUUAAAAGUUUUUCUUUAUUAUUGAA